UGGGCGCGUGCGCGCCCCGCCUCCGUUUGUACCCGCGGAGCCGCCGUUGCCCCCAGCCUCUUCAGCCUGGCGGCUGGCUCGGUGGCCGGUGGCGGGAGCUCCGCCUCUGCGCCUGGUGGUGGCGGCGGGAUGCGGUCCGUCAGCUACGUGCAGUGCGUGGCGCUCGACUUCGGCGGCAGCCUCUUCCCGCACGCCAUCUGCCUCGGGGACGCCGACAACGACGCGCUGAACGAGCUAGUGGUGGGAGACACCAACGGGAAACUCUAUGUUUACAAGAAUGAUGAUAGCAAACCCUGGGUUGUGCGAUCUUGCCAAGGAAUGCUCACAUGUGUUGGUGUGGGAGAUGUGUGCAAUAAAGGAAAGAAUCUUGUGGUGGCGGUGAGUGCAGAAGGAUGGUUUCAUCUUUUUGAUCUGACUUCUCCAACUUCCAAACACCCAGAUGCUUCAGGCCACCAUGAGUUGGCAGCAGCAGAAGAGCAGAAGCCGGUGUUCAAGCAGCACAUUCCUGCCAACACCAAGGUCAUGCUGAUCAGUGACAUUGAUGGAGACGGGAAGUGUGAGUUGGUGGUGGGUUACACUGACAGGGUGGUACGUGCCUUCCGCUGGGAGGACUUGUCGGACAAUUCAGACCAUGUCUCUGGGCAGCUGCUCCUAUUGAAGAAAUGGCUUCUAGAAGGUCAGGUGGACAGCCUCUCUGUGAACCCAGGCCCUGAUGGCUCACCGGAAAUGAUGGUGUCUCAGCCAGGCUGCGGUUAUGCCAUUCUGCUGUGCACCUGGGACUCUGAACAGCAGGCCGCAACAGAGGGAAGAGACAGUUCUGUCCCAAGCAGCGAGGCGCCUGUUCGAGAUGUUGUUCUACACCAGACAUCUGGACGGAUUCACAACAAGAAUGUUUCCACUCAUCUUAUUGGUAGCAUUGGCCGAGGCUGUUCCAGUGAGAAUAGUGGCUCAGGUCUCUUUGCCCUCUGUACUCUGGAUGGGACAUUGAAACUCAUGGAGGGAGCAGACAAACUGCUCUGGUCUGUGCAGGUUGAUCACCAGCUCUUUGCUCUGGAAAAGCUGGAUGUUACUGGCAAUGGGCGCGAGGAGGUGAUUGCCUGUGCAUGGGAUGGUCAGACUUACAUCAUUGACCACAACCGGACUGUUGCCAGAUUUCAAGCAGAUGAAAACGUCAGUGCAUUCUGUGCAGGCCUUUAUGCAUGCAAAGGAGGAAGGAACAGUCCCUGCCUGGUUUAUGUCAGCUUCAAUCAGAAGAUCUACGUCUACUGGGAUGUUCAACUGGAGAGAAUGGAGUCCACCAACCUAUUGAAAAUCCUGGAUUGUGACCCAGAGUUUGGAAGUCUCCUGCAGCAGCUGGGUGUGGAACGAGGUGACGUUUCUGCUGUCAAAGAUCUGAUUCACAAAACACUUUAUUUUCCUGAGACACAGCAGCAGAGCAGCCCCUCACAGUGUCAGGACCCUGCUGGAACAGACAACCCUGCCCACUACAGUGUCAUCCAGGAUCCAUGUUAACAAGUCAAAUGGAGGCUGAUAUCUUUAAUCUCUUCUCUGACUGGAAUCAGGCAUCGAAUGAAGAUGAGACUGUUCUUCCAUCUCUGUCAAAGCUUCCAGACAGAAAAGGGAAAGAAGGGCUGGGUACAGGCUGUGUUCUGUGGAGGGAUGUGCUUGGCUGUAGGCUUGAGUUGAAGGUGGUGGAUUGAUUUGCUUUUAGCUGAGGAAGCUACCAGAACAGCAAGAGUCUAGGGUCCUGCUCAUUGACCCUCUAUUGCCAGUUUCCAUGUUCUCUGCUAGCUAAAGUGCUUCACAGGUGACUUGAAGGAGCACUGAGGACAUAGAUGAAGAGAACAGCUGAACUCAGUCUCUGUUUUGGCCUAUUCUUACAACUGCUCUAAUGAUUACUUACCAGGAUCACAGUGCAGGAGCUGCAGAUGGAGGAACUGAGUUAGGGAGCAGUCAAGGGCCUUCUUUCCCAUUUAGCUGUGUUUUUUAAAGUAUACCCAGGCAUUAUUUGCUUUUGCUCUGCUGUUGCUCCUCUACCAAGCAGUUUCUCACAAACCACCUUCUGUUCUGAGGAGCUGGAGCCAUGUGUGAGAAGAACCACAACUUAAACUAAUAAGGUGUUGAGAGGUAACGGCUCCAGCAAGACGCACUGUUUGUCUCCUUGGGCAGGGUGAUCCCAGAGAUGGCUGCGGCUUAGCAGAGCAGCUGUGAAUGGGGCAAUAAGAGGAAUCUGUCUUAACCAUGGAUCUGUGGUGCUGUGGGAGCUUGGCCAUUCCAUAAUAAGCAGUGGAAAUGCCAUGCUUCCCUCUUGUUAUGGAGAGUGUCAUGCUAUUUUGAGUCCUGCAAAACUGAAAGAGGUGGACUGGAGGUGAUGUUCCAUUUGCUGGUAUGCGGAGUCUGGAAAAGGCCAUUGCUCACCCAGACUGCUCAUAUGCGAAGGCUGAGGCAGGAACCUUUCCACAUGCUGCGGUGUUCUGCUUUUCCCCGUCUCAGCUUGCCCCUUGCCUAACUCAGCUUAUUAGGAUAGGAGCAGCAGGCUCACCUGCUGUUUUGCAUCUAUGAUCCUUCACUUGUGGUGUUUUAUUGGACGUGCAUAAUGGAUGGAGCUGUCCCUUCACCCUUCUGGCAGCCUGAGUCAGAGCAAAUAUAAUUCAGUGAUCUGUCUUUAGCAAGUGGUGACAUUUAAAGAUCCUGCAGGCUGUUGAAAACAUGCUGUUCUAUACUCUCCAGAACAUCUAAGGGCAGCCCUGACUGGGAAAAGGAACUUUGUGUAGAGGAAAGGAGUGUCUUGCCCUUGGGUCAAAAGGACUGUUAUUGAAGUAGCGCUAUGUGGUAGAAGAGCAGGAUCUCUUACAUAAUAAGCCCUAGUUUCUUUGUAAUUUCUAUCUGUAGAUUUAUAUAAGCUUUAUAGAGGACAGGUUCUUUCCUCUGUGUUUGAUAGCUGUGAAAGUUGAAGCAUGGAGCAGUGAAAGUAUACAACCUGCUCUGUACCAGCUAGCAUGCUUUUCAGACUGCUGUGUCUUCUUGGCUCUGUAACUACAGUGGAAGUUUCUCUCCAUUUUAAUGACCUCACUGAGAAGCAUUUUAAAAUGUUCCCCUGUCAUACUAAGUGCUUGUGUACAACUGGACCCUUCAGGCAGGAGCUCUCACGUCAUAAUAGUGCUUUAGUAACAGUGGUGUUCAGACCAGCAGGGCUUGAGUUUGCCAGCUAUGGAGAGCUGAUAGUGUAGGGACCAUCUACUGAUGGGCUAAAGCAAAGAGUUGUCUUGAAGCUUGUCAGCUCUGGCCUGUAACCUCAAGAAAUUGUCAGCUCUCAUGGUGCUGAGAUGUACAGCCACACAUCCCAGUGGGCAAUCACCACUGCUGGCAGAGGAGUAGUCAGUGUGAUGACAGCCCAAGGAAUCAGUCUCAUAGUCCUUUCCUAAUGAGGAUUAAUCUUGUUGGGGCUCUUAACUAGAUCACAGUAUAUUGGUUCUUGCUACUUAAAGGUUUCUGUUUCCCAAAACCUGAAGUUGCUCUUUCUGAUGACCAGAACAAUUAAGGAUUCUCCCUUUUCUCUCUUCAGGUGAAGUAGUAGCAGUUGCUACUCUAACCUCUUCAUCUUGGGCCCCAGCUGAGUUAGGGAGAAUCAAAUAUCCCUACAGGUGGGGUGAACAGUUUGGUUUCACUGUAUUCUGGGGUACUUUCUGCCUAGCCCUGUUGCUACCUGAUUUUAAUUUUCCACUUCAAAAUGAGUGGAACUGACACAAAGAGGGACCACAGUGGAGCGGGACUCUACAGAGCAGUUUCCAGAAGCAUACAACAGAAAUGACAUUGUACGAAUGUCCCUGAACAGGCCUGUGUCUUGGCAUAUGUUGUUCUUCCUCUACUUCUUGUCCUGCUCCCCCCUGCCCCCUCCCAAUUCUGUGGAUUCUCUCUCCCCCACUGGGGGACAGAAACAGGAUGGUUAUGAGCAACAGAAAAUAGUAAUACCUGAAUUUUCAGUCAUGGCUCGCACAACCUUGCAUGCAUACUGCUGCACGAAUGAUGUGCUUGCUCUUCUGUGUGUACUUUGACAAAAACAAAUGGAGCCCUACCAUGACUUAUGGCCCUACGCAACAUUGUUUGGCUUUGGGGCAGGUGUUCUCCACAGAAGUGGAGUUCCACUGCUGGAACUACAGAGGCUCCUGCUGCAAUUGCCUGAAGCAUUUUAUUUGCCUGAGAGUUGGGCCAGGCUGACCUAAUCUGGUAGCUGGGUCUUACAGGCUAUUGCAGUGUUGUUAUAGUGUAUUUCCUUCUUAAGGCGUAACAGGAAAACAGGAUUGUUCUCUGUUAGGAGUGUAAACAACUCAAUGCUGUCUGUCCAUGCCAAAUAUAAACCUUUAUUAGCAACACAAGCGCAAGAGGGAUACAAAUGGUUGUAUGACUGAAACUUUUAUGGCAACCACCUUUGCUGUACAGGUCAAAUAAUUGCCAAGGAAGAAAGGUCAAAUUGAUCCACUGUUGGCCUGCUAAUUGUUGAGAAGAAACAGGAAAGGGUUAAUGGGGGAGAUAUGACAUUUUCAUAAGAACCAUCAUUAAAAGAAAAUGGGGCAAAACCCAUGCAAAUGUUAGACAGGUCAACCUGUGCAACCUAGCUCUCUUCUCUUAUUAGCCUGAGGAUAACAUUGCUGUGUAAACCCAGGCGUGCUGCAUUGUGGAAAGCAGAAGUGAGAAGAUACAGAUGCUACAGAUCAUCUGUUCCCCAAAACUCUUCAGCUCUUAAAACCAUUUGAGAGGAAAAAUAUUAAUGUUUGAGGUUUUCCCUGACAGUUUUAUGUUGCUUUCAGCAUAUAAUAACUUGCAGAUGCAUUUUGCUCCUGUACCCCUUGUGCAUAAAGGAAAAUGUCUGCAGAAGAAUUAAAUGGAACUUCUGUACUGUUCCUUCGUCAAAGGAUGACUUUUUUUCAUGCCCUAAACUCCAAAGUGACAGUUAGUAGACUGGCUACAGUAAAUGCUUCAGGCUACUGCCACUGGCAAUUUUUUGUGAAGUAUACAUCUGCUUAGAGAAGGAGCCAUGUAGGCUGUCUCUGGACUGAUAGAGGAGUUGUACUUUCAUUGUAACUCAUUGCCUGUUUGUCCUUGCCAGCCAACACAAGUCACAGAGUUGGAAUUAGAAGUUGUUUCUUCCCACACAGCAGAAAAUGUUGUUUGCUGCAUCCUACUCAGUAGCAGAUUGGCAUAUCCACUGAUGCCAGGAAGUUUUUUGACAGGGCAGGAUUUGUAAGACAGUUGUAUGUCCCAGUGCCAGCGCAUAGAAUGUGAGGAGUCUAACAGCAUUUACAGACACUGAGGGCAUUUGCAGGUAAAUGAUUCAUGGCUUUGGUUGUGACAAUUUACUAGCAAGAAAAUAAAGGGAAGGGGUUAUUCUAUUUUCCUGAGACAUAAUAAACCCGCUGGCUGUCCUUGCUCUCA